GUCCUGAAGACGGACAAGGGCAAUUCUGGCGUCAUCUGGUCCAAGGACGAUUUGGACGACACCGAGGAGUAUGUGCCCGAGGUGCGGGGCAACCCCGGCAAGGUCGGCGUCCGCUUCACCGAGCGGCCCCGGCCCGGCGUGCCGGUGCGUGACCGGGGCGGCCCGCGGCAGCCGCCGAUGCCGAGGCAGACCGUCAAGGCGGACGCGCCGCCCAUGCUGGCGGGCGACGAGGCGGAGGACGAGUGCGACCCG